AUGACCUGCGUUUAUCUCUUCAGUGGAAACUGUGACUGUCCUCUGCCUCCGACUCUCCGUCCGUCUGAAUCUGGCACCGCGCUCUUCAUCAAGAAGUCCCACGCUGCCUGCGGCACGGUGGCCGUCUUCACAUACGACAUCCUGCAGGAGUCGACCAAGCAGAACCGCGGCCGGCUGGCCGUCAUGUUCUCCGUCCCCUACGACUUCAACCUCUACUCCAACUGGUACGCUGUGGGAGCCUUCAGCAAGGACAAACUCUGCGACGAGGCGCUCUACAAGGAGAUGUACUACGCUUCGCAGCGCGGUUUUGUCCGAGGGAAAGCCAAAGGGCCCAGUCUGACCCACAGAGCGGGCCAUGUGACCAUCAGGGCCAGCAUGUCCGACAGCUACCAGCCCGUCCUGAAAGUGGAGCUCUGCAACAACUGA